AUGGAGAAGUUCAGCGAAGCAGUGGACAGGUUGGACAACAAGACGCAGUCACUCCCAGAGAUUAUUGAAAGGAUUGAAACAAAUACUACAGCAGCACAAACUCUUCUGGACAACACGAACAAAGCGCUGGCAAGGCUAAUCCGACUUCAAGAGGAGCUUGAAUUCGACCAGGAACAACGCUCGCUUAACAGAAACAUUGACAACCUCUUCAAGUUCAACUACCUUCUUGACGCCCUCGAAGGAGACGCAGAAGAAUCUGUGAAGCAUUUCGAGGUCUCGGGAAGCACCUACCAAUUGGUGAUUGAGCAUUUGAAGGAGAAAUAUGGCGACAAAGAGGCUUUGAUUGAUCAACUUUUGAAGAAUCGCCACGGAGCACGCGCCCGAACCGACAGUCUAGAAGACCAGGAAGCACUUUGCGAGCGACUUCACUCUAUAAAUUCGCAACUGACACUCAAAGGGGAACACGUUGACAAUGUUUUCCUGCAAAAGAAGCUGCUUGCGAAGUUCUCGGUGGACGUUCAGAGGCAUAUCUUGCGGCAGAAAACGCAGUUGAAGAACGAAGGAAAUUGGAGUACGGCAGCUUUGCUCUCAGCAGCAAGGGAGCAUAUCAAGACCGAGCUUAAGAUCAACCGCCAAGUUGAACAUAGCCUAGGAAGUGGAAAAAUGGAGAAAACAUAUGCUGGAAAGAAGAAAUAUUUAAGCAAAACAGAAGUAAUCCCACGUGUAGCACCUUGUUUCUACUGCCAUAAAAGCGGACAUCCAGCGAAGGACUGUGACGAAGUCACUUCUCGGGAGCAACGAGUACAAAUAAUGAGAAUGCAGAAUCUCUGCCACAAUUGUGGAGGAAAGGAUCACUGGGCUACGAAAUGCCCCAAAGGAACUUGCAGAAUCUGCAGACAAGCCAGACACCACACGUCCAUUUGCAAAGAACUCUUCAGUCCUCAGGAAGCCCGUCAAAAGUCUCCACUCCGAGAAGUACCACAGAAGCAGGGAACGAAACCUCAACUACCUAAGGCCAAGACUUCGAAAAUAAAUACGGUCGCCCAUCGAAUGACGGUUCUCAUUCUGGCGGGACAAGCCAUAGUACUUAAUCCGACAACAAAAGCGUUAGAACCAGUCUACGUGAUUCUCGAUACAGGAGCCGACCGAUCGUUCAUCAGUAGCAGUUCGGCUGAGCGCCUCCAGCUGAAGGACGUAGAUUCCAGUCGUCUAAACAUCGGCACCUUCGGCGCUCACAAGCCUUUCGAAAGGACUUGCGGCAUCACGGUUCUCCGCAUGUGGGAUGCUGAGGGAGUUCCACAUACGUUCACAGUUACGAAAAUCGAUACCAUUACAAAACCAUUAACAAGAAGCAGACUGAGUCAAGAGGACAAGCAGUUCCUGUUCGAAAAUGAUACUCAUCUCUCCAUCAACCAUACUGUCGAGAAGAUCCAGCCAGAUAUCCUUCUUGGUUGCGCCGAUCUUUUCCCACUCCUCAAGGAAGGACCAGGAGCUCAAACAACACUCCCAUCCGGAUUGAAAGCAAUCCCCUCGAGACUGGGAUAUCUCAUAUCUGGACGAAGCGGCGAAGAGUUGACUUGGGAACAGUUCUGUGAAUUCGAGAAGUCCGGAGUUAAAGAAUUUUCGGGUCCAAUAACGGAGGAACUGAAGCAGACAAACGGAGAAGUCUGGAAAGCUUUUGAAGAAACUAUCGAAAAGAUAGAAGAUGGGCUUAGGAAGAAUCCCAAUCUGCAGCAGUACGACGACACGAUCAAGAGUCAACUCGAGCUGGGUGUCAUCGAAGAAGUUGCUGAGGAUUUAAUAGUCGAGGAAGGAGAAGUUGUGCACUACCUAGCACAUCAAGCCGUUGUCACGCCGCACAAAGAAACUACCAAGCUCCACGUUGUGUCCGAUGUUUCAGCACAUCUAAGCAAUUCCCCGUCGCUGAACGACCUUCUCUAUCAAGGACCAGUCAUUCUUCCGAAGAUGUGGGACAUCUUGUUCCGGUUUAGAUUUGGAGAUGCUGCCAUCAUCAGCGACGUCGAAAAAGCCUUUCUGCAAGUACGAGACAUCCACCAACCAUUCACUCAGGAGAAUCUAGUGUUCUUCCGGUUUACAAGAGUGACCUUUGGAUUGAACUGCUCUCCCUUUCUGCUUGCCGGAACCAUAGUGCAUCACCUAAGGACGCAUGUCGAUGACCAGCUUGCCAAGGAAAUCGAAGACAACACAUAUGUGGACAAUCUCAUCGUAACCAAAAGAUCAUCAGACGAAGGGUUGCGGUUUUACAACGAUUCGAAAGUCGUUUUCAAGGAGCUCAAUAUGAACCUUCGCGAACUUCAAUCCAAUGAUAAGCAGUUGAAGAAACGAAUCACGUCCGCCGACCUAGCUGGGAAUAAUAACCCGAAAUUCCCUGGAAUACUAUGGAACACUGAGAAAGAUGAACUAGUGCUUUCGUGCAACUACCCUCCGAAAGCGAAAGUGGCAAAGAGAUUCUUCCAAUCGCUGUGGAAAUUCGACUACGCCUGGGAUACGGAGAUAUCUGAGGAGCAUCAGCAACAAUGGAAGGAUAUCAACCAAGCAGUCAAUGGCUUUUACUGUGUGUUGCCGCGAGAGGUCGCUCAGAUCGACACGCCAACAAAGCUUGUGCUGUUCUCAGACGCUAGCGGACAAGCUAUGGCAACGUGUGCAUACCUUGCUUCCACCCUGGGAGGCAAUUUACUCGCUGGAAAAUCCAAACUUCCACCCAUCACAGACAUCGAGACGAUUCCAAAAUUAGAGCUCAACGCCGCUACAAUGGCUACUCGAGUGGCCACUCAAUCUUUACGGCGAUUCAAUGCCGCACAAGGAUCUCAGAAAUAG